AUGGAAGAAAGGGAAAUAAUUCAUUGGGGAGUCCAGUGUAAUCGAGCUGUUAGAAUUUUAUUUCCUGAUAUGAUAAUGAGAAGCAGUAAAUUUCUAGACAAUGAUAAAGAUGAUUAUUUACCUGUUAGUUUCCGCGAUGAAGAUAUCAAACACUCACCUUACACCAUCAAUAAUCCAUUGUUAAGUUAUAAUCCAAUUGCCGCUCAACACAACGAAUUAGCACUGCAGUAUCAAUCACAACUGUUCAAUAUGUGGCGCUUCAUGUCUCCCUUUCAUCCUUAUCCGUUACAACCUGGUCUUGGUAUGAUGAACUUGGACAACAAGUCAACAUUACCUAAAGCUUCUAUAUGUUCACCUCCUACACUCAACAACCAUGAUGUAGAAUCACCACGUGAUGGAUACGAGUCUCCUGUACUGAGCGUUGGAAGCAAGAGUGACCUUGACACCUAUAUGGGAGGUAACUCUAAGUCACCUAUAGCGGUAGAAGAGACUGGACAAAACGCGACUAAUUGUAGCAUUGAGGAGAGAAAGGAUAGAGAAGUGAAUAUUUUGUCAGUCAGUCCUUUACCAGUUGUUUCAUCUUAA